AAACAUAAAGCAAUAGUCAAAAAUGAUGUUGGUGGUUCUGAGAGUGGUGGUGUGUGUGCAUAUGUUAAUGUUAUUCCACUUUGUCUGUUUGUCUUCGCAUUCAUGCCAUCCUGAGGAGAACUCUGCAUUGCUUCACUUCAAGACUCAACUCAUUACUAACACUACCUCUUAUGAAGAUUAUUAUUAUUAUGAAAACUGUCGUCAUGUUUAUCCAAAGAUGAGGACGUGGGAAAAUGGAACAGAUUGUUGCACCUGGAUGGGUGUCACGUGCCACCCUGUGUCUGGUCACGUGAUUGGCCUUGAUCUUGCUUGUAGUGCGCUUCAAGGUAUAAUCCAUCCUAACAACACCCUUUUUCAUCUUACUCAUCUCCAAACACUCAGCUUUGCUUUCAAUGAUUUUUAUGGUUCUGAAUUGUCAUCUCAGUUUAGUAAGCUUGUAAGUCUCACACACUUGAACUUAUCUGGUUGCGGGUUUGAAGGUGAAAUUCCUUCCCAAAUCUCACACCUUUCCAAAUUACAAUCACUUGACCUCUCUUUUAAUUAUGGUUUGAUGUGGAAAGAAACUACUUGGAAGAGGUUGCUGCAAAACACAUCGUGUUUAAGAGAGAUUGUAUUGGAUGACACAAAUAUGUCUUCAAUUGGUCCAACACCAAAUCCUUUGUCUUUGAUUGCCAACUUGUCUUCCACUUUGGUUACUCUUAGUCUUGUUUAUACUGAAAUAAGGGGUUCUUUGAUAAAUGACAUACUUUGUUUACCCAAUCUUCAACACCUCAUUCUAACACAGAAUUAUGAAUUGUCAGUCCAUCUUUCCGAGUUGAGUUGUACCACUUCUCUUAGUAUCUUGGAUCUUUCAUAUUGUGAUAUCCAAGGGCCUAUCUCUUCACCAUUCUCUAAUCUAACACGCCUCACUUCCUUGAAUUUGGCGGAAAAUCAUCUCAACGGUUCAAUCCCGUCAUCACUUUUAAACCUUCAGCGUCUCACUGACUUGGAUCUUUCAUGGAAUAAGCUUAGUGGUCAAAUUCCAAAUGUGUUUGAUAGGCUAACCAACUUGCAAACUCUCUCUCUUCAUGAUAAUAAUUUUCAAGGGAUGUUGCCAUCUUCAUUGUUUACCUUAACUCGACUCUCUCAAUUGGAUUGUUCUUAUAACCAAAUUGAGGGGCCACUGCCCAAUGAAGUAGCCUUUUCAAAUCUUACCCAAUUAAUCCUAAAUAACAACCUGUUAAAUGGGACAAUUCCUUGGUGGCCUUUAUCCUUCAAGUCUUUGAGAUAUUUGGAUUUAUCAAAUAACCAAUUUACAGGGCACAUAAACAGUCAAAUCAAAUCUUAUUCCUUGGAAUAUCUCUACUUGUGUGACAAUAAGCUUCAAGGAAACUUUUCAGAAUCAAUUUAUGAUCUUGUGAACCUUACUGGAUUGUGUUUGUCCUCAAACAAUUGGAGCAGUACUGUCAACUUUUCACUCUUUUCUAAGCUCCAAAAAUUGGAGUAUCUUUCUCUUUCAGGUUGCAAUUCAUUAUUGCUAGAAUCUGAAACAAGUAUUAGUUACACUUUUUUCAAUUUGUAUGUACUACAGUUACUUUCUAACAAUAUCAUUGGUUGGUCAAAGUUCUCAGGAAAAUUUCCACAAUUGGAAUAUCUUGAAUUGUCCAAUAAUAAACUUGAAGGAAAGGUACCCAAAUGGAUACAUGAUAUACCCUCAUUAUUUCAUUUGAAACUCUCACACAACAUGUUCACGUCAAUAGGUCAUCAAUUCCCAUGGUAUCAAUUUGAUUACCUUGAUCUUAGCUUCAACUUGAUGGAUGAUGACAUUUCUUCCUUCUUUUGUAAUGCAACCUCUUUGAAAGUUAUCAACUUGUCCCACAACAGAUUCACAGGAACAUUUCCACAGUGUCUUGCCAAUACCUCAUCCCUUGUAGAUUUGGAUAUACAAAUGAACAAACUUCAUGGCAAUUUAUCAGAUACUUUUAAGCAUCGUGGACUUGACACACUGAAUCUCAAUGGCAACCAGUUCAAAGGUUUAUUGCCAAAAUCUUUGUCCAAUUGCACAUAUCUUGUGGAUUUAGAUCUCGGUGAUAAUCAAUUUGAAGAUACGUUUCCCCAUUGGCUCCAAAAUCUAUCAAGGUUGGAAAUACUGGUGUUACGAGGCAAUAAGUUGUACGGUCCCAUUGCCAAUUUGAAAUCUGAAAAUAUAUUUCCAAGUUUGAUUAUUUUUGACAUAUCACGCAAUAACUUUAGUGGCUCGUUACCAAAAGCAUACAUACAAAAUUUUCAAGCCAUGAAGAUUGUGGAUGAUGAAGUGCGAAGCAGGUUGGUAGAUUAUAUUGACACUAGUGCUGGCAGUGGAGUGCGCAACAUUCGUCCAGAAUAUGAUAAUUCUGUAAUUGCAACAAUUAAAGGAGCCAAUACUCCUUUUGCGAAAAUUCCAAGAGCCUUUGUAAAUAUAGAUAUGUCAGAAAACAAAUUUGAAGGAGACAUUCCAGAUGUUAUUGGAGAGCUUCAAGCACUUAAAGAUCUCAACCUUUCACAUAACAGACUCGUUGGUCAUAUCCCCUAUUCUUUGGGAAAUUUGACAAAUCUGGAAUCGUUGGAUCUCUCAUCAAAUAUGCUUACUGGGAAUAUUCCUACUGAAUUGACAAAUAUGAACUUUCUUGAAGUCUUGAAUCUUUCCCAAAACCAGUUGGUGGGACCAAUACCCAAAGGAAAACAGUUUGAUACAUUUUUAAAUGAUUCCUAUGGGGGAAACAUGGAGCUAUGUGGAUUGCCAUUGUCAAUACAAUGCAACAACAAUGUCCCUUUGCAACAAUAUCCAUCUUCUGAGGCUGAGGACAAAUUUGGGUUUGGUUGGAAAGCAGUGGCAAUAGGAUAUGCAUGUGGAAUGGUGCUUGGAAUUGGCUUGGGAUUCUGUGUUUUCUCAAUUGGAAAGCCUCAAUGGCUUGUGAUCAUCUUUGGAGGCAAAAGAAUCAAAAGAAGGAACCGUGGAAAUCGGCGUGCAAGAACAACUUAAUGGCCACAACUUCUUCUUCUUGGGGCCACUCUCAAGUUCAUUUUUGCAUGGGAAAUUUGUUUCAGAUGUUGGUUAUUGCUGUUGUGUCUUUUUUUUUUUUUAUUUGUUAUUGUAAUUUUCUUU